CCUAGUGUAAGGCACAGCUGAUCGCUGAAGGGAGAGCUGACUCAUUCCAUUGCUGGAUCCUGGGAUUAUUUUAUAAAAAGUUUGGUGAACGGAAACAUAGAAUUUGAAUGAUUGGACAUGGAUAUCAAAGAACUUGGUGGAAAAGACAGUGGAGGGAUCAAGAAAAGGAACCUGACUUUCCUAAAGAGCAGACUUUAUAUGUUAGAAAGGAGGAAGACGGACACCAUAGUGGAACAUAAUCCCAGUGGGGAUCAUGCUACCCUACGCAGAAGCCAGUCUGAUAGGACAGAGUAUAACCAGAAACUGAAAGAAAAGAUGACACCAAAUGCCAUAUUGUCAGCCCCUACAUCCCCAACUCAAGAUACUGAGGAACUGCAGAGGAAGAAGAUGGAAAAGAGGUCAAAGAUACUUGCAGAGCUGAUACAGACGGAGAGGGACUAUCUGAAUGACUUAGAACUCUGUAUUAGGGAGGUGGUCCAGCCACUUCAAAAACAUCAUUCAGAGCGAUUUGAUGUGGAUGUCUUGUUUAGCAACAUCGAGUCUGUCUGCCAGAUAUCAGCCAAGCUUGUGUCACUGCUAGAAGAAGCCACAACAGAUGUGGAUCCAGAGCAUCAAGUAAUAGGGGACGUUUUCUUAGAGAUUAAAGGCCCAUUGGAAGACGUUUAUAAAAUCUAUUGUUAUCACCACGAUGAAGCGCAUAGUGUGUUGGAGUCUUAUGAAAAGGAUGAAGAACUGAAACAGUAUUUAAGACAUUGCAUACAAGCCCUAAAAAAAAUAUAUGAAGAACAAGGGAAGCCCAAUUUGCUGGACAUAGGAUCACUAAUGAUUAAACCAAUCCAACGUGUGAUGAAAUACCCAUUACUGCUUUGUGAGCUUGUGAACGCUACGCCAGCCUCCCACCCGGAUUACAGGACACUUCAAGAUGCAUUUACUGCUGUCCGGGACAUGAAUGUUAACAUUAAUGAAUUGAAAAGAAGAAAGGAUUUAGUGCUGAAAUACAGGAGGGCAGAUGAAGAAGAAUCUCUCAAAGACAAACUAUCCAAACUCAGUAUUCAUUCAAUAACCAAAAAGUCCAAGCGAGUUACCAGCCACUUGAAGCUACUGACUGGAAGAGAGCUGCAGGUGAAAGACCAAAUAUUUAACAAGGAGGAAAAAAUAUUCAGAAGCUUGGAAAAGACUGUGAGGUUUUGUGUGAAGAAUAUUUCAUACACCCUUCAGCAUAUGCAGGAUGCCAUGCCAGGGACUGAAAUAUGCACAAAAGAGUUACAAAACCUUCUCCAUGAUGAAAACCUGGGAUCAAGUGAAGAAUUACAUAGCCACAGCAACACUGAAUCACACUAUGAAUGUUUUGCCAGCAAACUAACCAGCCACGUCAUGACGCCAUUGAGCAUCCUACACGCCAUGUUUCCCAUGCCCCAAAAACUGAUUCAGAAACGUUAUGAUAAACUGCUUGACUAUCACAGCUGCCUUCAGAGGCCUGGAGAUGCUGAAAUGGAUCAGGCCCGAAAGGUCUAUGAAGCUCUCAAUGCACAGCUUGUAGAGGAACUGCAAACCUUUAACAAGGCUGCACGAAGUGUCCUGGGCAACUGCCUUUAUUUUUUCAUCACAAUAAUGAAGGACAUUUUGUCAGCUGCAAAGGAGUCCUGUGCUUCAUACGCUGACAUUUCCCCACAGCUCCCUGCAAAUGUGAAUGAGCUUCAGCAGAGUAUCUAUGAUGGGCUUCAGAAUCUGAAUUUUUUUAAGGACAAUAGCAGUGCCACAUUUAUUGAGAGGAAACUUAGUUUUGAGAAGAAAAAAACUCUCUCCCCAAUGCCUGAACUUCCUCGACAGAAUCAGAGCCACAGGUGCAAGCUAUUGUCUACCUAUGGUGCGGAUAAACUUUAUCAGGCAAAACGCAAGUGCAACGCUACCCAGGAGCUUGAUAUAGAUCUCUAUGAAGGAGAGCUGGUGGCUAUUGUGGAACACAAGGACCCCUUGGGAAGUACCAGCAGGUGGUUUGUGGACACAGGAAUCCGUAAAGGCUAUGUAUAUUCCUCCUUCCUGAAACCCUACAAUCCAGGGAAGGUGCAGAAGGACUUGUCAGAUAACUCUUUCUGUGAUGAUGACUUUGAUAACAUCAGCCUUUUCGUCUCCUCUCGGCCACCCCGUGACCAAAACAGAAGAACUUCAGUGGGAAGUGCCAGCGACAGCAGCCCCUCUAUAAAUGGUGAUGACGAAAAGCAUGAAAUAAAUGAAGCUGAUGCAGACAGUUGUCACAAUGGAGAUGAUUAUCAUAUCUUUUAUGCUGUCUAUUCUUUUGAAGCCCGAUGCCAGCAAGAGCUCAGCCUGAAGGAACAUCAGCGAGUCCGGAUUAUCCGUUUCUGUGACUUGAGUGGCAACAAAGAGUGGUGGUUUGCUGAAGCCCAUGGCCAGAAAGGUUAUGUGCCAGCGAAUUACCUGGGAAAGAUGACUUACGCAUAGAAAUCUUUACUGUAAUGUUAACGUGAGCAGAGAAAAUUAUGGCCAGUAGAUACUGCUUAAUUGGAAGACAGUUUGUACAAAUUCCAUGAAGCAAUGUGUUGCUUUAGCUCCAAAAGUCACACCAUGUGAAGGAUCCGUUUGUGCUAAAAUGCAGGGCAAAAACACCUGGAAGAAAAGUGUUACAUGGACGCCAAAAGUUGAUAAGCUCCCAUGGUUAACAUAGAAAUAUAAUAGUUACAGGUAUAUUGGAAAUAUUUACAGAUACAGAGAGACAACUGUUUUAUUUGAAGGCCAAAGUAUUUAUUGCUCCUUUGUAACAUUAGGAUGCUUAAGGGAAUAUGGAAGUCACAAUUAAUCAAAGUUUCAUGAUUCAGAUAGUGUACAAAUUAAAAAAAAACAAAACAAAAAAAAACAUCUCUCUCUUGGUAUCCUUUGUUGAACCAACGCCCCUUUCCAUGACAGAAUGCAGAGGAGCGAGCACAAGUCUUGAAUGCAGCAUAGCAGUUGUGUUUAUAAUAACAUCGUUAUAAAGGCUUUUGACGUGCUCAAGAUAUGCACAUUCUUGAUACCUCAGUAUGCACUUAUGGAAAAAGAUAUUAAGCAAAGGGCGUCAAUUUGAUAACAAACGUUUUCUAAAACUGCACACUCAGUCUAUCUGAAUCAUUAAACUAAUCUGAAUCCCAUGUUCCUUUAAAGUUGGUAGCUUGUUAAAAAACAAACAAAAAAAUCUUCAAAAAUAAGAUAACCAAAGGGUUUUUAUUUUGAAUGAUUAUUAAAACCAACAUGUUCAAUGCACUUAUUUAUUAUACAUAUUAUAUUUAUGAUGACUGUGAAGAAAAAUAUAUUUAUAGAUUCUCAAUAUAUAAGCGCUAAAAGUAGAGCAAUGAUUUUUUUACAUUUACACUAUACCACAGAUUUCAGUAGAUCCAUUUGUUGCUCUACACUUUAUAAGAAUUUUCAGAAAAUGUUUCAGAAAUGUUUUAACAAAAUAGUCAAAUAUUUGUUUGUUCUCUUGGCUACAUCUCAGCCAGAUCUGAGAUUUCCUUAAAAAAACACUUUCCAGUCAGGAAGCUAUUGUUCCUAUAAAUGAUCUUGUACCAAAUUCUUAAAACUUAAUACUACAAAGAUCUUUUUUAUAAUGGCAUUAAUAUUGAGAAAAUAUUAAGAAUGUCCUGCAUAGAUUAAUCAAUAAUAUAAAUAUGUAAGCAACCUGUGCAUUAUUCAAAAUUUCAAUGUUAAAAGAAUAUUUAGGAACAUAGUGGCGCAAAGUUCCAUGCUCUAACUCAUUAGAUUAGCACUGCUGAACCCUGCAAGUCUAUGUGUUUAACCCCCCACAAAGGGCUAAAGGCGUGGUUAGGUAUUCUAACAAUACAACAUAGCUAUCUGUAUAUUACCAUAUCUUUGUCAGAUACCCACUAAAGCAAAAUAUUUUAGAUCUAGAUUUGAUAGUGUAAAGUUUAUGACUGACAAACAGAAUGUAAAAUAGGCAGCCUAGAUAAGAGAUACUUUAAAACCAGUUAUUUGUGAGUGUUACAUAUUUUUAUUCUGUACUGUAUUUUUUAAAUUGAUUUAGGUACAUUUUAAUUUCAUUGAGUCAUUUUCACAUACUUUGCACUUAAAGUUUAUGUCCAGGAUUACAAGUGACGCACACCUUAUUUUUUUUAUGCUUGAGCUCUAACCGCACAUUAACUCACAUUAAAAAAUUAGAACGCCGGAUUGACAUGCGUAUUAGAAGUUGAAAAAAAAAAGUUAUUGAGUGAGCAAAGGACUCUGGCAAACUAACUUCAGGAAUUAAGAUAUUGUGACGGCGCUAACUCCUUAUCCCCAUAGACUUCUAUGGGAGCGAGCUAAAUAAAGCCUUAUCAGUUGCACUAACCCGACACUGCACAAGAUCAACUGCGCUAAAGCCGAAGGUACGUUAGGAAUGCUUCACAUAUUCCUAUUUUUAGAUAUAUAUUUCUAUAAAUAUUUGUAUAUUUUUUGUAAAAUAUAUAUCUAUAUAUGAAUAAAAAAAAACAUUAUGAACAACAUAGGAAUUUCAAGUAUUUCUAUUUAAAAAAACAUUAAAAUUGAUUAAAAAUGAUAUUGCAUGUUUCAAGCUAUUUGACUGGGAAGGGCUCAAAAGUAAACACAAAUGCAUAUAUGUAUAUAUAUAUAUAUAUAUAUAUAUAUAUAUACAUACACAUAUACACACAUAAAUAAAUAGACAAGUAUACAUGCACACGUGACUGAGAAGGGCAUUUAUUUUUUUAUAUAUAUAUAUACACACACACCUAGCCAUUAACCAUACACACAUACGUAUAUAAAUAUAAAUGUGUAUAUAUAUAUAUAUAUAUAUAUAUAUAUAUAUAUAUAUAUAUAUAUAAAUUGGAGCCCUUCUCAG